AUGUUGCCGAAAUUGGCGUUGCUUUUUUUGCAAGUUUCGCCAGGGCUCUCGUUUUUAUCCAGAGCAGAUGGCCACCACUUCUCCAGCGACAUUGCCGAAACCUUCCUUCCCGCAAACGAAAUUGACGAUAACAUUCGUGUGUUUCCUGCGCCAUUUCAUCGCGUGUACAACCAUCGCCAAACAAGAUUCCGGAUCACUUUUAAUCCAUCGCUUUGUUAUGGCAUAAACCACACUGUUAUAAUCGCAUUCAUGCACCACUUUCCCGAUCCUACGAGAACAACGAAGCCGCUGCUGAACAACUCAGUUAUGUUGACGAAGAAAAUGCGUGUUCCUCCUGGAGUCAUCCCUCUUGCCACCACCAACUUUUCGUACCACUUAACAACAUAUAUGAAUGGAAAAAACAUGAGCUUAUCUGAUAUAAAUAUUCCCAUGAUGUACGGCAACAUCUACAUCGAUGCAUCAAACCAGACUCAGAUUAUAAUCAGAAAAUUUAGACCAGCAUUAUAUUCAAAUGAAAUUGAAGGCAUAGACUUGACGAAAAUAACUUUGAAACAUCCGCAACCCAGAUAUAUUGGACUGUUUGCUAGUAACAUGAAAUCUUGCCCAACCUUCAUAUCUGCGGUCGAUUCAAUGUUUGACGUUUGGCUCCCGACUAGAAAUAUCAACGUCAAAGGGCGUCAGGUACCAACACCAGAAAAAACUACAGUGCUUCGAGAUGUGAUUCUAGCCUUCCUGUUUAUAGUCUUUUACUACUACUGCUUAACGAGUUUUGUACUACCGGCUUACUUUCAUCAUAUGAUGUCGACAACCUUGGCUCAGGAACGUGCAUUGCAGAAAUCUUGUGAGACGGAGGAACCAACAAGACAAAACAACAACAUCAAUGCUCUCCAGCAACAAGGAAUUCAAGGACCUUCGAGAGAAAAAAGUUACUAGACUUUGUGCCUUUUAUUUGAAUUUGCAUACUACAUAGCUAUCCGUAACCUGAAACGUCAUGUUUGUUAAUAAAUGUUCGAUGAUA